AUGAAUCUCAACUUCAUAUCCCUUCCAUUGUACCAGAGUGGCACAGGUGUCUACAUUCCAGCUCUUCCCGGCUCAUGGCUUCCAAAGGUAUGCUUAAUAACUCGCGUUAGAUCUAUGCUACUCUGUAGAGCACACAUACGUUAUCGACACAAGGGCUCCGGAGCCGGAAGAAUUGAGUUUUCUACUCAACGAUCCGCUGCCACCUCCUGGUUGGUUGAUGUGAACGUCCCGUGCAUGCUGGUUAUGACGACGGACUACCCCACAAACGGUGAGAACCGUGCGUGGUUUUCCGAAUUUAAACCUAGGAAGUGUGUCAAUACUUCCAGCGCUUCUAACUGGCGUUCCCUUCACACUUUUGUAAAAGUUCAUUCAAUCCCGAGUCUAAAGCCAGAUGACGCGUUAGGGCUCGCAUUCUUCAAGCCCUCAGGGGGUGGUCAAAUGUUUACCGACACGUCCUCACCUGCUGCACACCACUCCUCUUCCCAUUCCGACACGCCAACUAACCUCGCACUGAUUAACGAUUGCCUGACCACGUGUCUGCGUGACUGCAAUCAACUCACCUGGUUCCACUUUCGCUGCCUCAUGCCCUGCGCCAUUGUGGCACUUAGGUAUCGACUGAACAUUACGGAUGACGAUGCAGUGCAGAUACUCUGCAGCGGAUUUACACUUUCCCCUUCAUGCGAAGAGUCGACUCUGUUACCCAACCCACUGUCUGCGUAUGUAAAACCCGAGGGCCAGAAAUCUGCGACUUCGACGCGUAGAAGUCUAUUUAAUCGACCCAAAAAUCUUCGUUCGAUUGCGGAAAUUGAAAAGAAGACACUUCGCCAUCUAGAUACCCUUGAAAUAAACUAUUCAAAAAAAUCCGCCACACAAGCGUACUACAAAAAAGCGAAGUGGUGGAAGUCGUUUCCAAAAGAGACCUGGAUAAAAAGUCAGGUGCGUCUGAAGUACCAGUAA